AUGGCGGCGCCCGGCCAGCCGCUGCUUAUCUUCUCGCUCCUGCUCCUCUCCCGGCCUCUCCCGCCGGCGGGCGCCGUCUACGAGGACCAAGUGGGCAAGUUCGACUGGAGGCAGCAGUACGUGGGGAAGCUCAAAUUCGCCUUUUUGGAAGCCUCCCCCGCCUCCAAGAAGCUGAUUGUGGCCACUGAGGAGAACGUGGUGGCUGCCCUGAACUCCCGCAGUGGUGAAAUCCUGUGGCGACAUGUGGACAAGGGGACUCCCGAAGGGGCAGUGGAUGCCAUGCUGAUCCACGGCCAAGAUGCCAUCACGGUUUCCAAUGGGGGUCGCCUCCUGCGCUCUUGGGAGACAAACAUCGGUGGCCUGAAUUGGGAGGUUUUGAUGGAUGCUGGCAGCUUUCAGAUGGCUAGUUUGGUGGGACUCCAAGACGCCGUGAAGUAUGUGGCCAUUUUGAAGAAAAGUUCCAUCCUCCUGUAUUAUCUCUCCAACGGUUACCAGAAAUGGCUGGAACAUUUGCCGGAAAGCGAGACUGUCCAGUAUCAGUUGGUAUAUUCCCAUGGAACAGGCGUGGUGCACGUUGUCGGGAUUUCUCCGCAAAGCCACCUCAGCAUCCUGACGUUCAGCAUCGAGGAUGGUGAAAUGACGAGACAGAUCAGGGUGGCAGCUCCCUGGCUGAGGAAUCUGGUUGGGACUUGCAACAUGGUGGAAAAAGCCACACUCGUGUGUGUGAACCCAGCCACCCAGUCCCUUUACACGUUGUCUCUGGAGGCAGAGGAGGAGAUGAAGGAGGUUCCACUGCAGUCUCUCGGCCUGGAAUUUGCGGACCCUUCCGAGGCCCGCAUCCUGUCCUCCCAGCCGAACCCAGCCAGAGCUCCCCGGCCUCAGUUCUUCCUGCGUUUGUCGCCCACCCACUUUGCUCUCCUGCAAUAUCGGCACGGCGUCUUGAGCCUCCUUCGGAAUUUCCCGCAGGCCAGCCUUGCGACUUUUGCGACUACCGGUGAGAAGACUGUGGUGGCCGUCCUCGCCUGCAAGGGCGAAGGGGCCCUUGGUGAAUUUGGGGUGCAAAGGUCCCCAAAGGAAAGCCCCUCUUGCCCCGCCCAGUCCUACACCGUCAACCUGUACCUGGCUGAAACCGGACAGAGACUCCUGGACACCCUCACCACCUUCACUCUGGAGAAAAGCAGCACCGGGCCUGAGCAGCUCUUCAUUCAGGUCUUCUUGAAGAAGGACGACUCGGUGGGCUACCGUGCCUUGGUGCAAACAGGGGACCACCUCCUCCUCUUCCUGCAACAGCCAGGAAAAAUUUGGUGGAGCCGGGAAGAAUCUCUGGCCGAGGUGGUUAGCCUGGAGAUGGUGGAUCUGCCCUUGACGGGGGCCCAGGCGGAACUGGAGGGCGAGUUCGGGAAGAAAGCCGAUGGCCUGCUGGGCAUGUUCUUCAAGCGCCUGUCCUCUCAGCUCAUCCUGCUCCACGCCUGGACCGCUCAUCUCUGGAAGAUGUUCUACGACGCCCGGAAACCCCGGAGCCAGACGAAGAACGAGAUCAACAUUGACAAUUUAGCCCGGGACGAAUUCAACCUUCAGAAGAUGAUCGUGGUCGUCACGGCCUCGGGAAAGCUCUUCGGAAUAGAGAGCAGCUCGGGGACGAUCCUAUGGAAGCAGUUCCUCCAGGACGUGCGUCCCGGCUCUUCCUUCAAGCUGAUGGUCCAAAGGACGACGGCGCAUUUUCCCCACCCCCCACAAUGCACCCUGUUGGUCAAGGACAAGGACUCGGGCCUCAGCAAGCUCUACGUCUUCAACCCCAUCUUCGGCAAGUGGAGCCAGGUGGCCCCUCCGGCGCUGAGCCGCCCCAUCCUCCAGUCCGUCCUGCUUCCCAUCAUGGACCAGGAUUACGCCAAAGUGCUGCUUCUGAUUGAUGACCAGUACAAGGUGACCAUCUUCCCAGCAAGCAAGAACGUCCUGCGGCAGCUGGAAGACACGGCCCCCUCCGUCACCUUCUACCUGGCAGAUGCCCAGCGGGGGAAGCUGAUGGGACGGAGGCUGGGAAGGGAUCUGACCACGGAGGAGACCUGGGACGUCACCAUCCCUCCUGACCUGCAGCGCAUCGUGACGGUGAAAGGGAAGCGGGCCAACGAACACGUCCACUCUCAAGGCCGGGUGAUGGGCGACCGCAGUGUCCUGUACAAGUCGCUGAACCCCAACCUGCUGGCCGUCGUGACCGAGAGCACGGACACCCACCCGGAGCGCUCCUUCAUUGGAAUCUACCUGAUUGACGGCGUCACCGGCCGGAUCAUCCACUCCUCGGUGCAGAAGAAGGCCGAGGGGCCGGUGCACAUUGUCCAUUCGGAGAACUGGGUGGUGUACCUGUACUGGAACGCCAAGGCCCGCCGGAACGAGUUCACGGUGCUGGAGCUGUACGAGGGCACCACGCAGUACAACGCCACGGCCUUCAGCUCGCUGGACCGGCCCUACUCCCCCCAGGUGCUGCAGCAGUCCUACAUCUUCCCCUCCGCCAUCAGCGCCAUGGAAGCCACCCUCACCGAACGGGGCGUCACCAGUCGCCAUCUGCUGAUCGGUCUUCCCUCGGGGUCCAUUUUGUCCCUCCCCAAGGCUUUGCUGGAUCCACGGCGUCCAGAGGUCCCCACGGAGCAAACGAGGGAAGAAAACCUGAUCCCUUACUCUCCGGAUGUGCAAAUCCACGCCGAGCGGUUCAUCAACUACAAUCAAACCAUCUCCCGAAUGAAGGGCAUUUACACGGCCCCAUCGGGCCUGGAGUCCACUUGCCUGGUGGUGGCUUACGGGUUAGACAUCUACCAGACCAGAGUUUAUCCUUCCAAACAGUUCGACGUCCUCAAAGACGAUUACGACUACGUCUUGAUUAGCAGCGUGCUUUUUGGGCUGAUCUUUGCCACCAUGAUCACCAAGAGGUUGGCUCAGGUGAAGCUGCUGAACCGUGCCUGGCGGUAGCAGGAGCGAUUCACACAGACCCCACCCUGGAGGGUGGACGGCCGAGCCCUCGCGAGGGGAUCCCGGAAGGU